AUGGCCGAUAAGCUGCGCACUCUUCAAAAUCUCGAGGCACUUCAGGCCCGCUACAUCGGCACAGGACACGCUGAUACAACCAAGUACGAAUGGACAUCCAACAUUAUCCGUGACAGCUACGCAUCCUACAUUGGACACCCACCGCUUCUCCAAUACAUGUCCAUCGGCAUGGGUGAAUCAAAGGAAAAAGUUCGAGCUUCGAUGGUUGAAAAGAUAGUCCGAGGAGCAGGGAAUCCGCCCGAUACAAGUGAAUGA